AUUUUGAAGUUAUAAUUAUACAACCUUUUUUUAAGAUGUUGAGAUCUUAAAUUUCGUUAUUCUGAUUGGCUCAGAUACUUUUCAAUUGAUAGCAGAGCUAUUGUUUCAUUCGUGAUCACUAUCAUUGAACCAAAUACCAUUAGUGGAGAUUUGUAGAACGAAUUUUUUUGUUUUUCCUAACUUUUAAUUUAGACAGCCCAGCCGAUAGAUCCUUAAAAAUGAUUCCAGACUUAUAAUACGAAUGAAAAAAUGAAUAUAUACAUCUUGAAAAUGGUUAUAAAUAUAUUUUCACCUGGAUCAAAACUGGUUUCGAUUAAACUAGGUAUGAUUGACUUGAAUGACGAGUAGUUUUAUCUCAGUUGUAGUGUGGUACAAGAUCCGCAAUUAUAUAACAAAGGAAUACAGGCUUCUUUACUAAUAACAUGUCGAUUAGUAUGUAGCGCAUCAGUUCUUCCUGUUUAUUAUAAUGAAAUCGACACACCUCUAUAAUUGCAAUCAUUGAUCAUUAUGGAAGUCAAUCAAACUAGAUGAGUUUGAAGCCUGUAAAACCUUGAAACAAUGGUCAAAAUGUCCGUAUGUAUAAAAUUCAAGUUGGCAGUUAUUCCAACUAUAUACCGAAAGUUAAGGAAGUGACAAAAAGUAUUGAGAAGAACAACUUCUUUCAAAUCCACUCUUAUUAUUCGGUGAUUUGCUAAAUAUUCUAAUUCUAGCCUUGAUAUUUAUAGUUAUUUUAACUCAGCCUAUUUUCCGCGUAUUCACUGCAUAUAAUUACAUCGAGUUUCAAUUCAAUGAUUUGUGAAACAAUAAUUCUGAUUGCUUGAGAAGUCGUCAGAAUUUUUUAAUUCACAGAGUAGGCUGAAGCUUGUGUAUAUUUAAACAGUUCCCAGUAAACUUUGUAUAGAUUAUCCUUGUUUGAUCAAUCAGUAAGAUCAAAAGUGGUGCAAAUAUCAAAAGACGAGUAACUAUAUAAAUAUCCAGAAAAAUAAUGGUGGACAUACGAACGUACAAUAUAGUUAAUAAAACAUGAUAGCUCGCUUUGUUAGCUGAUCCAUAGUAAAGGCUCCUGAAGUGACCACGCGUUUGAAAUAAUGGCGGGAACUAUAUCGACGGUUGCUAUGCAACCAGUGUUGACAAACAUUAAAGUAGAGAAAUAAAUGAAUACGAGACGUUAAAAACAUCACGUGUGAAAUUUUGUGAAUGGAAUACCAAGAACCGAGUCUUUCCAAAGCGACUGAUUAUUUUUCCGAUUCAAAUGUGAUUCAAGAAUGUCGAAAAAUAUUGAGGGAAAAGCGAAAAUAGCGAACACGUACCGCGUCAGCGAGCCGAUUGUGAAUUUCAAAAUCAGAGUCAGAAUUGCACAACAGAAAUCCCGACUAGUUGAAUUAUUUAAAACGGAAGAAGAAACCAGAGAUUCGAAUUUUUUGGAAUACGAGGAGAAAAUUCUCUCCUGGCAGGAAAAAAUUUUCGGCCGUUUCGAGGCGCAGUUUUACGCGGAUUCAAAAAACUGUGCGACGAAACAGCAGAAACAGUAUCACGAAACGAUAACCGAGAAAAAUAUUACUGGGUCUCGCAUAUAUACCUACAUUGACGAUGAUUCUUAUUUUCCCAAUAAAGACUUACUGACAAAGCCGUACAAAUCGCAUUUGUCUCGAAAAAACGCGUCAGCGUUACCAACUUUGCAAAACCGAAAGCCCUUCGUUGAACGUUACAACAAAAAAGUUAUCGACGAUAAUCCCGGAGAUACUACAAUUCGCACUAAUCAUUAUCUCCACAGAGAUUCCGCGACAAUGUACAUCAUAGUCGAUUUAAUGCCGAACGCCAAGUCCAGUUCCUACGAUUUUGAUGACUCACAAAUACUGUUGUGCACAAUCACAUUCGACAAAAUUCAUCGCUCUUUAACCGUCGAUCCCGAUUUCACGUACCAAGAGCCUUACGAAAUUCACGGCACUGAUAUGAAUUACGAUUAUUGGAUCGAACAUGCAUCCGAAAUUCAGUAUCCUCAAGAUUUGGAAACUGAAGUUAAAGAAUUGCGUGGUCAGGUAAUGCAGAAGUUGAGCUACAGGGAAGCAGAAAUCUUUCCUCAAAUUGGAUUACCUCCAGCUAAUCGCCUGCGGAUUUUUGUCAAUCUGGACAUUAUGUCUGCUCACAACUUUCCGUACGAUAGUUUGUUCGUGACGUAUCAUAUUGAAUUGCCUGAAUAUUGGAGUACAGAUCAACCGGAACGUUUGACUGGUCGGACACAGCGAUGUUCAAUGACGAAAGGAAGUGCAAAUUUCAGUUACGUAGCCGAAUUUUGCAUCGAGUUAAAUUCAUCCCGGUUAGAAGAUGAGAAAUCCUCAAUUGCCUGGCCGUGGAUUCUUAUUUCGAUAGCUUCUCUUGAUAGCUGGACCAGGUACCGAAUCGAAGGGUAUGCGGCUGAAGCGCUUCCAGCUACUUCCGGAUGUCACUACUUGACAUUGCAUACUUGGCGACCAGUUGGAGACUUUUUAAACACUCUUCGCCGCUUCUUUACCGGCGGAACGUACGAGCUUCAAGAUCUGUCUUAUUGUGGUAUUCCCGCAAUGUAUGACGAUACGAAAUUGGAAAAAGCAAAUUUGGAGGCGGUGGCAAGCGGUCGGAUUGAACUGAAAUUGAACAUCAUCCAGCAGAGCCGAUCUUUCAUUGAUGGCAGCUGCUUUAAACGCGACACUUUCGAACGUCUAAGUGCUGGGCGACUUAUGAACAGUGUUAACGACGUUCUUGAACAAUUUAAGGCUGCCAGAGAACGGAUGAUAAAAGCACGCAUCAUGAACUCGUGAAAUUGUCUUUUGACACGUACGUUUCGGAGAAUUAGCGGAACGCGAUGUGCGAAAUCAAGGAAAAUACGUGACUUCACACUUUAACAAAGAGUUGGCAAUGUGAAUUCUUUGGAAUUGCAGUUCUCCAGCUUAUCUCAGAGACAAAUUUUUUGAAACAUUAUUAUGCAACGAUAUUGUUAAUUAAAACGUGUCCUAAAUGAUGUUACUAAAUUUCCCUUGUAACUCGUUGGGAGUACACCUGUGCGAUAUGCAGCUGAUCCGGAAAGUUAUGCUCGACUUAAAUACUACCGGGUUUAUACGGAUACUUGUAUCAUUUGCAUAUUUGUCAAUAAUAACUGAUUGAGCAUUGAAUUAUUGUUGUGUCGUUGUCGUUGUUGUGUUCUAAUUUGUAAUCUACUUCUUUCAGAAUGUUCAA